AUGAAGAUCGCAUCCAUCCUAAAGACCAAACUGCUGGUAGAGUCCAAGAAGAACAAACUAUCUUUCAAGACCUUUUUGUCCCAAACAAGUUUGGAUACCCUUGCAACUUCAGAGUGUAACAAGAGAGAUUGCGUUGAUGAAGGCUUUCAACAAGAAUCCUUGCAAAGCGUUGACAUACUGGCAUCCAAUGCGAUGUCGAAAUUUCUGACAAUGGCGAGGACGAGAAAACCAGGAGCACUCUGGCCCUUUCCGACGAUGAGGUCCGUGGACUCUUCUGCGUCUGGAACGACGCAUUGGCGACUCUCGAUUCAGACGAGGUCGCAUCAAGGUACUCCAGCAAGCCUUGUCUCCUUCCCAGCACUGUCAGCCAUGUCCCAAGAACUGAUUAUGAUUCCAUCAAGGAGGACUACUUCGUUCAUUUCUUGGAAAAAGAAACCUCAAGGCAUGUUACUCUAA